AAUGUGUUGGAUACUGUUUAAAGUAUCCCAAAUCUAAAAAAAUAUCUGUAGCAUAAACUAAAUUUUUAGUGUUUUGUCUUAACAUGGUGACAAGUUUGUGUCAAAUGGUACAUCUGAGAAGAAGAAAUCCUAGGGAAUAGUGAAGUACCCCCCCCCCAAAAUGCUAUUAGGGUUACCCCCAAAAAGAAGGGGAAAGAAAAGGAGAGUUACUAGGGGUAAAAGACCAGAAAACAUCACACAUAUCCCACAUUUACUCUGUUUAGUUACUUUUCCCACAUGAAUAUUCUCAAAACUCCUAUAAAUUCUAACUCUACGCUCCAACAUUGUAGGAUUUUUCCUUCAUAUAGGACUUACUCAAGGAAAGGAAACAAAGCAAAUAAAAUCGCAUUUCACCUGAUUUCCCAAAUUCCGUUUUUGAUUCCCAAAAAUCAUGCAGCAGAGCAAAAUUUCUAAGCGACCCUUUUGUUUUCUGGGGAAAUUAUUACACUGUACGGUUUUUUGUGUCUACCAUUUUUAUUCUUUUCAUACUAAAAUAAAAUAUGCAGAUUUUUUCUUUCUUUCGGUUCAUAAAUUGCAGAAUCUCUUUUUUUCUUUGUUUUUUGGUCUGCAGAUUUGAGUCGGCAUUCUCUUUCGGCACUUUCGGCAGGAAUCACAGACUCAGAAAAGGCUCAUAGUAUAAGUACUCUGAAUAUGGUACAUGGGUAUGAUGAUACGAAGAACACCAAGGAGGAGGAGGAGACGGAUCGGGAAAUGGAUUUCGACCCGGGUGCCCCGCCUCCGUUCAAGAUUGCUGAGAUUCGGGCCGCCAUUCCCGAGCAUUGUUGGGUUAAGAAUCCAUGGCGUUCAUUGAGUUACGUCCUUCGAGACGUCCUUGUCGUCUCUGUUUUGAUAGCUGCGGCGGUUUAUUUGAACAAUUGGGCGUUUUGGCCGUUUUAUUGGGCUGCUCAGGGGACAAUGUUCUGGGCAAUUUUCGUUCUUGGUCAUGACUGUGGCCAUGGGAGCUUUUCGGAUAGUCCUACGUUAAACAAUGUAGUGGGGCACAUUUUGCAUUCUUCAAUCCUCGUACCCUAUCACGGAUGGUUUGCUUCAUCAAAACUCUACCAUUUUUUCAAUUCGUUGUUUUUUUAAGUUUAUAUAAAGUUCAUUGAACCAAAUUUCAUGAAUCAUGUGUUACAGGAGAAUCAGCCACAGAACUCAUCAUCAGAAUCAUGGGAAUGUUGAAAAGGACGAAUCUUGGGUCCCGUUGCCUGAAAAGGUGUUCAAGAAUCUUGACUAUUCAACCAAAUUCCUCAGAUACAAAAUCCCUUUCCCGAUGUUUGCGUACCCUUUGUAUCUGUGGCGUAGAAGUCCAGGGAAAACGGGCUCCCAUUUCAACCCGAACAGCGAUUUGUUUCAACCAAGUGAAAGGAAAUACGUGAUGACUUCCACAAUUUGUUGGUCUCUAAUGGUGGUUUUGCUUCUUUCCCUAUCAACCAUAUUUGGUCCUUUUCAGAUGCUCAAGGUUUACGGGGUUCCUUACUUGGUGUUUGUAAUGUGGUUGGAUGUUGUAACUUACUUGCAUCACCAUGGGCAUGAACAGAAGCUUCCCUGGUAUCGUGGCAAGGAAUGGUCUUACCUUAGAGGUGGACUUACCACAGUUGAUCAAGAUUAUGGAUUGUUUAAUAACAUCCAUCACGACAUUGGUACACAUGUCAUCCACCACCUUUUCCCUCAGAUCCCGCAUUACAACUUACAAGAAGCGACCAGGGCAGCUAAACCAGUGUUGGGAAAAUAUUAUCGAGAGCCAAGAAAAUCAGGGCCGAUUCCCUUUCACUUGGUUGGCAAUUUGGUGAGAAGCAUCAAUAGAGACCAUUAUGUAAGCGACAAUGGAGAAGUUGUGUACUAUCAGACUGAUCAAAACCUAAGCGGAUCUUUUAUCAAGAAGAAGGGUGAAUGAGAGACCAUACAUUCCGAAUGAAUAACAACAAAGAAGAAAGCAGGAAAGCAGGAAAUCAAUAGUUCAAAAAUUGGUUACCCUGAUGGGGUUAUAAUUAUUUACCCAGCAUUACUUCAAGUCAACUAGAGAUUUUGAUAAUCAUUACGUUCAAGUAUGAGAAGAAUUUAUAUCAUCAAAAGUGAUAGUUUAACAAUUUGGUUCUGUUUAAUCGCCAAAUUCAUUUUACCAAAGUUAUGUUAAUGUUUGCGAGACUUUUGGCGGGCUCUGUAAUAAACAAAUAAGUAUUUGAUAAAAAUUUCGGGACAGAGGAAAUAUUAUUGCAUAUACACACGUCAAGGUUCGAACUAUGAUUUUAGUUAAUCUCCUAC